GGACUGUCGACGAGUGGAACAUCGCGAAGUGCUUCACGAGUGUGUUUUUCGGCAAAAUUAAACAUUGACAAAUAUUUGAGUGACUGCGUGUGAAAUUGACACGAAAAAGAAUUCGAUAAAUAUUUAAGUUUCUCCUUUUUGCGCGAUACAGCGCCGGAGAAAGUUUACGCACGCCCCCGCGAAAUUGGCAGGAAAUUUAUGUCAGUUAGCGAGUGAGGAAAAAAAGCCCCCGAGAAGUUUAUUCAAAUUCAACUUUAGCCCUGUGUCGGCGAGAGAGAGAGAGAGAGUGUGGUUUCCCUCCCGGCCAUUGGGAUCAUCAAAAGACGACAAAGCGAACGCCAGCAGGAACUGGAGAAAAUUUCUAAUUGAAUUGUGUAUUUAGAAGAGGGACUUUGUCGCCAACGAUGGACUUUCCGAGAGAUGAUCUUGAAGUUGGCAAACCGAAGGGACGGAACAGUGGCAACAGUGAAAAUAUUUUAUGAAGUUUUCCGAAACAUUAUUUCUAACGCAAAAAUUAAUUUAUUAUUCACAACGGACUAGCCAGUGAAAAAUCCCUUGGGAGCUGUCGAGCUGCCAUGAAGGAGUGAUAAGUCCGGAAAGCUAAAGUGAAACCUUUUCCCACACUCGCAGCGAACGUGGGCGGUGACAUUAAAAAUUAACAGUGUAGUUGGAGUCAAAAUGAAUCUAAUUUUUGUCAUUGUCAGUCUCUGUGGAUACUAUUUUCAAGUGAUUGAUUCCCUUAAGUUGGUGAAGGUCACAAUCCCGAGCUACAAGCUCCGCGGGGAGAAUGUGGUGCUGGAGUGUCAAUUUGAGCUACAGGAGGUGACAAGACGACAUCCGGGCCAUCACUUUCACGAGUACGACGACGAGGUGGCGGACGACGGAGGUCGGGAGAGCCUGUACUCGGUGAAAUGGUACAAAGACAACGAGGAGUUCUAUCGAUUUGUCCCGCGGGCGAGUCCUCCGCAGCAUAGUUACAAAGUCGAUGGCAUCAGAGUCGCUCAUGAGCACUCCAACAGCAGCCGCGUUUCGCUUCGCAACGUGAAUAUCAAAUCUUCCGGGCUGUAUAGAUGCGAGGUGAGCGGCGAGGCGCCCAACUUCUCAUCCGUUCAGGGGGAAGGAUACAUGGAAAUUGUGUACUUACCGAGAGAUGGACCUCACAUAAUCGGAGAGGAUCGACCGUAUGAGAUUGGAGAGUACCUCAAUUUCACUUGCACUUCGGGAAAAUCGCAUCCCGGCUCAGUUCUUCAGUGGUACAUCAAUGACGACCCGGUGGUCAACCCCGAGUCAUUGAUUCAUUAUCCACCGCAACAUCACGUUCAUGGUCUCAUCACAAGCCGCCUGGGGCUCAAUUUGCAGCUCGAGGGACGCCACUUCCGGCAUUCCAGUGCCCUGGUGCUGCGAUGUGUCGCCAACAUCCUCCCUCACACAACCCUGGACACUGACAUGGAUCUCCAGAGCGUCGUGCAGCGCUGGCAACCACUUAUUGAGAACAGGGAGGCCCUCUUUCUCGUCCGAAGUGCUUCAAAUACUCAUGUGGCGAGCAUCACAAUUCUCGGAUUAAUUCUCAUUCACCAGACAUUCGCCAUCUACAGCCAUUCCGGCAGAGCGCUGCUGUAACAUCCGACUUGAGAGCAUUACAUAUGUUGCAGCCCAGAUGGAGAAGAGCCCUCGUGUAAAAUAUUAUUGUAUGAAAUAGAUAAUAAAUUAUGAAAUUUCUCUAA